ACGAGUAUACCACUACCGGAAAGAUUCGGGUCACAUCUGACCGCUGGCGAAAUCGUGAACCAGUUCCACAUCAGUUAUAGUUAUAACGCCGUUAUAACUACCCUAGAUUUAUUUGUGGACUUUUGUAUAUCCAACUUUAUCCCCUCCCACGACGCCAUGAAAACCGUACUGUUCUCCGUCACCUUUGCCGUUAACCUUCUUCAGUUAGUGCAGUGCGCUCCGGCAUUGUCAGACUGCCAGGCGCAGAAAAAGGAUAUGCGAACAAAAGCUGUCGCAUGCUGGAAAGUGCCUUCACAAAGAGAAUCCGUGUUUUAUAUACCCGAAUGUGAUGAUGAAACAGGAGCGUAUAAACCUGAACAGUGCAUAAAUCUGGGCGCUUCCAUGGAAUGCUGGUGCGUGACAGCCGACGGUCAAGAACUUCCAGGAACACGUGUAACCGGCGUAACCAAUGGGCGCUGCACUUCCGGUCUGGCCAGCUCUUUGAAACUGGACGAGAAAGUGCUUGAAACCCGUAUGGUGAAUUUCCUUGUAACGCGCAUUAAUCAGUGUGUCAAAACACGCACCGGCUAAUUUCAUCGACGUCUAUAGUAUGCUUAUGGUGUAACAAUUAUAAUAUUAUUGUCUUUGUCAGAAGCUGGCUUCUGCUUAAUUAUAUAAUGUAACUUUUACGGCAAUCGGAUUUGUGGCACGAUUUGUUUGUCAUCUAAUUCCCGUUGCGAAAUAAAAACUGUUGUCAGCAA